AAAAUUGUGUAAUAAUAAUUGUUGUACAAUUUCGGAAGAGAGAUCCUUUUUCCUGUUAGCUGUAGAGAGCACCAAGAUCAAGAGGUGACUAGGAGGACGCGCUGGUUUGGGGUAUGCGCGUAGCUGUUGGAUUAGAUCUUUCGGGAAAAUUGAGGUCAAGAGCUCUAGAGCGCGAGGGAUGUUUCGCUCGGGAUGUAUCGCGCGCGGCCAGAAAAGAGAGGACGAUCGGUAAGACGGCAGAGGGGCUGUUGGCUUUUUUUCGAACUGUAGCAAAGAAUGGUGAUGUGAGGCGGAGGUGGAUAGGAAAAGGAGCACUAUCGAUCCGCGGGGUUGGGGGGGCUGCAGUAUGGAGGGGGUUGACAACGGCGAGACCUAUAGUGAACAAAAAUGCGGCGCUUGUUGAUGCAGACGAUGCCAAGCGCAACUUGAUUGUGAUGCGUGAAGUGGUGGCGGCGUCAAAUGGGGGGCUUGACAUAUUUUGGUCUGUAAGAAAGAUAACAAAGUAUCAACUGGCGUUGGAAACGAGGUUGUCGUUGCGUGAUUUACGCCCUUUUACGAAUUAUACUGAGGGAAAGCGACAGAUUGGGACGAUCGUGGUGCGGCCGACGGCCUUGUUGGUGAACAUAAAGUCUAUCCAGGCGAUUAUCGAUGCAUCGACGCUUAGGUUGUUCAAUUUAGGCGGAGAUAAAGAAUACGAUCAGAUGAAGCAGGUUUUGGACAAAAUUGAGUCGUCCAGUGCGGAGACAUUUGAGUUGCGUUGUUUAGAUGCAAUAUUGACGGUGGCGGUAGAGAGGUUAGAGGAAGAGCACCGGCUCGUUUCGAAGAAUCUGCAGGGCGUGUUGGAAAAGGUAAUCAGUGAUCGGUCGUUUUCCAAUUUGUGGGACUUACGCGAAAUUUCAGAUGUGGUGGAGGCGUUUGAGGCCUGUGUAGACCAGACAUUGAAGGCGGUGCAGGACGUGUUGUCGAGCGAUGAGGACAUGGCGAUGAUGUAUUUGACGAAGUUCGCGUCGGGUAUUAGUCAGCCGGUGUCGGAGCAUGCGGAGGUAGAGAUGUUGCUAGAGUCGUUCGACGACCAGCUGCAGGAGCUAGAAAAUUCAGCUGUGAACAUGAGGAACCGCAUUACGAAUGCGGAGCAGUUUAUAGGGAUGUCCGUGGAUGCUCAGAGGAACCGGAUUAUCAGGUUGAAUUUGUAUGUGGCGAUAGCGUCAUUUGGAACGUCUACAGCGAGUGCGAUGACGAGCGUGUUUGGCAUGAAUUUGACGUCGGGUCUGGAGCACAGUCCGCAUGCGUUUUUGAACGUGUUGACAGCGAUAGGGAUGGUAGUGACGGUUAUUUUGGCGCAGGGAUUGUGGAUAGCAUGGAGGACCGAGCGCGCUACGACGUCUAGAUGGAACAGUAGGCGAUCGUGCAGAGGGAUUGUGUAGAGUGAGAGUACAGAUUUUUUUUUUUUUGUGACGGUCUAUCGCCAAUAGAGAUUGGGCCGGGCAGUUAGAAACGCAGGUGCUCGUCGACAGGUGAUGCGGGUGCUCAAGGGAACCGGAACAGAUGCAUAGGUGUUGUGUUGUGACUUGGACUGGGAGGGAGGUGCGCAGGAAGAGGGGUGUGUGGACGAGAAGGAGGAUGAGUUCGUACACAGACUUAUACGAUGAAGAUGGAAGUAGGGUGAAGGAGGAUAGGGCAGCGGCAGUGCGCAGAUACAACGAGCUGACUUCGGAGACUCGAAGGAGGAUUAGGAAGUUAGAGCCGAUGGUUUAUGAGUUGAUGAAAAAACCGGCAAAGGAGCUGACGGCCAAGGAAUGCGACGUUGUGUCUUAUUGGAGGACGCAACAGCAAGACUUGCAUACCUGGCGCCGGAGAUUAUUCAUGACAGAAUCGUGUUUAGAGUUGAGCGCGCAGCGCGAGAGGUUGACAAAAUACGAGCGCCGAAUAGAGGAGUUAGAAGACGUAGGGCGUUUCCGAAGGGUGGCGCAUCCUUGGACGUCUUUGGGAGACAUAUGGAGGAACGAAGUGAGGUACCAAGCGGCCGUCCUGCAUGGGUGGAAUUGUCGGCGUUUAGAAGUAGAAGAAGAGUCGAGAGAUCCCCAAGGCCUUCCAGACGUGGCGGUUUUUGAUCGGCGUCUAUUGCCGACAUUUCCUUGGAAGAGCGUUGCCUACAGGGAAAGUGAGGUAGGUGGUGAUAUAAAGGGUGGUACAGAAAAGAAAGAGGAACUUGAUGGACCAAGCGAUCAGAAGGCACCCCCUUCAGUGGUGGAAAGGAUUAGGUCUUGGUGUCGGAGGUAUGGGGCGUUGGGGUUUGUGUUGUACGGCGUGCUUAGCGUAUUGGAUAUUUCGGCAAUAUAUUUUUCUUUGAAGUAUCUGAACCUUGGUAGUGUGUUGGCUCAUUUGGGGCUUACAAUACCUCACGUCGAGGCCACAGCGACAAUUGCGCUGACAUAUGCACUUCACAAGAUGCUGUUACCAGUGAGAGCGGCGAUUGUUUUUUACCUGUUGCCGAGACUGAAGCCACAUUGGGACAGGCUGGUCGCGCGUAUGCGUUCGCCCUGAGCGCAUGGCGUCGCCCUUUAGGUGAUUAAAAAAAUUUUUUGUUUAGGGAAA